AUGAUUUAUCUAACCAGAACAUUAAAAUUCGGGAAGAUUGUUCGAACCUGCAUGGGAAAAUUAAAUUCUCAAUCUCCCUUCCUUAAUUUUACUCAAUUUCCCCUUAGCAUAUUCAAACCAGACUUUCUUCUCCAAAUAGGAGACAUCAACAAAGAAAAGAUUGGUAUAGUCUGUAUUUUGGUCGUUCCGUGAUUUGGUAGGAUCUUGACUUGUCUGACUGUGAUUUGUUAGGACUGUGUUUUGGAAUUCAGUGAGUUGUCCCUCACCAGUAAAAAACGAAUACCUAUUUGUUUAGUUUUGGUUUUUAUUCUUUUCUUUAUAAUCUUUCAUUUGACUAUGCCACAGAUAAAUUUAGUGGAAUUAAACGAGGAAGAAAAGACUUCCCAUUAUACAU